AUGAGGGCCCUCUUGGGGGGCCCCCCAUUGCUUCCCGGUGGCCCCUGCUGCAGCUGCAUGCUGAAGGCAUCGCGGCACAGAGCAUCUUUGCCCUAUGCUGCUGCUGCCUUCAGCAGCAGCAGCAGCAGCAGCAGCAGCAGCAGCAGCAGCAGCAGCAGCAGCAGCAGCAGCAAGGGUCAGGUGUCCUUCUCGCUGCUGCAGCAGCAGCAAGCCAGCGUCUUUGUCCGCCGCUCUCCCCGGAGAGCCCUGGGCCUCCCCAAGCUGCGCCUUGUAGGCCCUCCCCCUAAGCCCAGCAGCAGCAGCAGCAGCAGCAGCAGCAGCAGCAGCAGCAGCAGCAGCAGCAAGAAGCCGAAGGGCAGCGUGAGCCACGUUUCACAACUUCUCUGUCGACUCGCUAAGAGGCAGCUGCGCGCAGGAGACCACGAGGGUUUUCUCUCCUCAGUGGAAGCAGCCACGGAAGCUGCAGCGCGGCCCAUUGAAGUCUCGCACUGCCUCAGCCUGAUGGCUCAGUACCUGCGGCCGCGGCGAGGCAGCAGCAGCUGCUGCAGCAGAGACGCUGCUGCUGCUGCUGCUGCUGCUGCUGCAGCAGCAGGAAAAUUCAAAAGCAAAAACAAAAAAGGAGACACUCCAGCAGCUGCAGCAAACCAGCAGCAAAAAGGAGACAAAGAAAAAGCCCUAAAGAUCAUCAGCAACUUGAGCCGCAAGGCCGACGGCUGCUGCGCAGACGCGCCCCCAAAAACAGCAAGUCCAGGCCUUCCUCCUCGCGCAGCAGCAGCAGCAGCAGCAGCAGCAGCAGCAGCAGCUUUUGCUGCCGUUCGCGGCCUGGUGGCUGCUGCUGCUGCAGAGACUCCCAGCAGUGCUGGGGGCCUUUUCUGCUGUCUCCACUUGCGGGCUGCUGCAUGCGACAGUAGCUGUGGCUCGCAGCAGCGCAGCACAGCAGCAGCAGCAGCAGCAGCAGCAGCAGCAGCAGCAGCAGCAGCAGCAGCAGCAGCAGCAGCAGCAGCAGCAGCUGCUGCUGCUGCUGCUGCAGCAGCAGCCUUUUCUUGUGGCCUUUCUGUCUCUGUGUCUUUCCAGGACGUGAGUCUGCUGGCGGCUGAAUGCGAAGCUCAGCUGCAGCAGCUGGCCCGGGUGCCGCAGCAGCAGCAGCAGCAGCAGCAGCAGCAGAAGCGGCAGCAGCAGCAACUGCUGCUCAGGAACUUGCUGCAGCAGGUGCAUCAGCUGCUGCUGGUCGCCUUAAGAAACUCUGCUGCUCAAGCUGAGGCCUUUGCAGCCAGAGACAUCGCUUUGCUGCUGUCCUCUCUGGCGCGGCUUUGUGGCACGCCUGAGCCAGCAGCAGCAGCAGCAGCAGCAGCAGCAGCAGCAGGAGAUUCAGGCAGAGCAGCGGCAGCAGCAACAGCAGCAGCAGCAGCUGCUGCAUCAGGGAACGGCUCAGGGCAAGCUGGAGGAGACGCCGGUGUGCUGCGGUCCAGCGAGACCUCAAAUGCGUCAGCAGCAGCAGCAGCUGCUGCUGCUGCUGCGCCUGCUGCUGCUCCUGCUGCUGCUGCGUUGCGUGCUGCAGCAGCAGAUUUGCUGCCUGCAGUGUAUGUACAGCUCAACCGCGUGCUGCAGCAAUGCAACAGCAAAGACACACUGGCUCUUCUUGGGGCGCUGCCUCGUUUGUGGUCUUUGGAGUGUCUGCUGCAGCAGCAGCAGCGACGGCGGCAGCAGCAGCAGCAGCAGCUUGCUGCUGCUGCGGGCUUGCUGCGCGGAGCCCCCAAGUGGGUGGCCACUUGGGAUGUCAAGCAGCUUGCUGCUGCAGCAGCAGAUGCACACCGCAUUUGCUGCUGCAGCCCCUUGCCGCUGCAUGCAUUGGCGCAGCAGCUGCUUCAGCAGCUCGCGCAGCAGCUUACCAGCAGCUUGGCGCGUCGGCUGCAGCAGCAGCAGCAGCAGCAGCAGCAGCAGCAGCAGCAGCAGCAGAAAGGAAAAGCUGCUGCUGCCAACAUCCUGGCAGAAGCAGCUGCGAGGGGAGACCUCCGCGCCUGGAAGCCUUCAGAUUUCGAAAUGACGGCUCAGCAAGUGAUGUCGCUUUGGGUUUCUUUGCUAUCCCUUUUGCUGCCUUCGGAUGGCCGCAGCAGCAAAUGGGAAGGGCUGCUGCUGGCGGUGGAGGGUUUGCUGGUGUCAGCACUAAGUCCCUCACCUGGGAAGGAGCAGCAGCAAGAGCUGCUGCUGCUGCAGCUGCUGCAGCAGCAGCAGCAGCAGCUGCCGUCAGCGCUGCAGGUUCUCAGGGACCUGCCGCCUCCGGGGGACCCCAGCUUAACAGGAAGCUGCAUCGUUCGCGGCAUUGCUGCUGCUGCUGGUGGGGGGCUGCUGCCGCAGGGCCUUGCUGCUGCUGCUGCACCUGCUGCUGCUGCUGCUGCACCUGCUGCUGCUGCUGCUCGCCUGCCGCUGCUGCCGCUGCUGCUGGCGCGGUGUGAGCAGCAGCUGCCUCGUCUUGGCAACAAAGACAUCUUCACUCUCUGCCGAGCCCUGCUGCGGCUUGCUGCCUCCCCUUCGUCUCGCACCAGCAGCAGCAGCAGCAGCAGCAGCAGCAGCAGCAAGGCUUUAGAGAGCGGCGCAAGAGCAGCCCUUCUAUCUUCGCUAGCUUCCCUGCUGCUGCAGCAGCAAAAAGCUCCUGCUGCAGCUGCUUCUGCUGCCUGGGAUCCCUCGCAGUCUUUGCUGCUGCUUGAGUGCUUCUCCCCUGCGGUCUCUGGGGAGCUGCUGCCCCCCAGCGAGCAGCAGCAGCAGCAGCAGCAGCAAGUGCUGCUGCUGCAGCAGCUGCUUGAGGGCUUCUACACCCGCUGCCACUCCUACAGUGUGGCGGACAUUUCCCGGUGUCUGCGCUGCCUGCUGCAGCACCCGCACACUGCAGCAGCAAGCGGGACCACGCUGCUGCUGCGGCAGCUAGCUUUCCACUUGCGCUGGAAGCUGCUGCGCUGCUGCCCUUUUGCUGCUGUGGAGGCCCUCGAGCUGUACGUGCGUUUCGCCCCAAAGCUGCGGCAGCUGCAGCAGCUUCCACCUUUGCUGCUGCUGCAGCUGCAGCAGUCGCUGCAGGAGGAAGCUGAGGCGGAGCAGCAGCCGCAGCUCCAGCAGCAGCUGCCGCCCCAGCAGCAGCAGCAACAGCAGCAGCAAAAACAGGAGAAACAGCAGCGGCAGGAACAGCAGCAACAGCAGCAGCAACAGCAGCAGCAACAGCAGCAGCAACAGCAGCAGCAGCAACAGCAGCAGCAGCAGCAGCUGCGAGCUGGUGGGGGCUUUGUGCAGCAGAGUUUGCGGCUGCUGCAGGACACAGGCCCUUUGCUGCUGCAGCAGAUGCAUGCAUUGGCCCCAGCAGAUGGCGGCAUUGCUGCAGCAGCAGCACUGACUCGGCUGCUGCAGCUGUGGGCUGCAGGGCAGUGCAGAGAGGAGGCUUUGCUGCUGCCUGUGCUGCAGCAGCUGUCCCUGGUGCUGCAGGGCGGCAGAAGCUCAGCGGGGGACACAGCAGCAGCAGCAGCAGCAGCAGCAGCAGCAGCAACGCCGGCUAGCCCAGCAAGCUGCAUAGUGCUGCAGCACCUGCCGCUAGAAACAGCAGCAGCAGCUGCUGCUGCUGUCACGCGCUUGGGCUGUACGUGCACCUCAGCCAGUGACCAAGUGCGAGCAGCAGCAACAGAAGUGCUGCAGCUGCUCUUCGCUUCCCUGCAGUACCAGCAGCAGCAGCAGCAGCAGCAGCAGCAGCAGCAGCAGCAGAAGCUGCAGCAGCGGCUGCAGCAGCUGGUGCAGCUAGCUGCUGCCCUCUGCCUCUGGUGCUGCGACCCAGCAGCUGCUGCUGCGCAAAGCCGCGCCGUCGGUUUGCUGCUGCCCCAAUUCUCGCCCCACAAAAGCUCUCUGCAGGCCAUCUUGAGCCCCAGCAGCAGCAGCAGCAGCAGCAGCAGCAGCAACAGCAGCAGCAGCAGCAGCAGCAGCAGCAGUGGGGGGGAAGUGCUGAGGAUCUUUGCCUGCUGCCUGAGGAGUCUGCUGCGCGUUGAGGGGGAGUCGCUGCCUGCUGCAGCGCGGGAAGUCUGGGCCUUGCUUCAGCAGCAGCAGCAGCAGCAGCAGCAGCAGCAGCAGCAGCAGCAGCAGCACGGUGCUCUAGAAGGCAACGCUUUGUUGUCGGUUUUAAUAAUGAAACAGGGCAGGAAGGCAGCAGUGCAUGCACAAGUUGCUGCUGCGCUGCAGGCCCUCAGGGGCCCCCAGGGGGCCCCCCUGCAGCUCCGGGGGCCCCUCUUUGGGGGCCCCUACAGUAUACCCUUUGCAGUUUGUGGGGCCCCACAGGCUGCUGUGGAGGUGGGGCCCCUGAGUGUUGGUCUGGGCUGGUUGCUGCUGCUAUUUUCUGCUGCGCAGCAGCACAAAAUGGUCUGUGGGGCCUCAGACUUCUUCCGCGACUCUGCCGGGGCCCCCACAGAGGCCCUAGUGCCCUGGCGAGUUCUGCGGCAGCUGCUGCUGCAGCUGGAGGGCGCUGCUGCCGCGCAGCAGCAAGAGCAGCAGCAGCAGCCGCAGCAGGCGCUGCAGCAGCCCCUGCAGCAGCCCCUGCAGCAGCAACCGCAGCAGCAGCAGCAGCAGCGCCUGCAGCAGCAGCAGCAGCAGCAGCAGGGGUUUGCGACGGCCAGCUUCGGGCCCCUGGGGCUGCUGCCUUCGCUGCAGCAGGCGCUGCAGCAGUGGGGCAUUCGCUGCAGCAGCAGCACGCAAGCUGCUGCGCUGCCGCUGCUGCUGCAGGGCCGAAGUCUCUGCAUAGCAGCAGAGACUGGCAGCGGCAAGACUUUGGCUUACGUGGUGGCCCUGGUGCAGCGGCUGCUCGUGCUGCAGCAGCAGCAGCAGCAGCAGCAGCUGCUGCUGCAGCAGCAGCAGGCCGCCGCGGCCCGCGCCGCGGCCCGCGCUCAGCCCUCGCCCCCAGCAGCAGCAGCAGCAGCAGCAGCAGCAGCAGCAGCAGCAGCAAGGAAGUACCCAGUUGCUGUUGUUCUUGUCCCCACAAGAGAACUGGCCCUUCAAGUCUUUGGCUGGUGCCGCAGACUUCUCCAAAAGACUCCGCUGCUGUCUCCUGCUGCAGCAGAAACGCUGGUGCUGGACGAAGCAGACAUGCUGCUGGAGGGAGGGUUUAGAAGCAGCAUUUUGGGAUUAUUGGAGAAGUUCAGAGCAGCAGAUAAACAAAAAAGAAGACUCGGGAGGGGCCCCACGCAGUACGUCUUAGCAGCAGCAACGCUGCCCUCCUCGGGGGCCCCGGGGGGCCCCCGGGGGGCCCCCGGCGACAGCAGCAGCAGCGCGGGGGCCCCCAGGGGGCCCCCCGGCCAAAAGGAGGCCCCCGAGUCAACGGGGGCCCCUGGGGGGGCCCCCGGGGAGGGAGGCGCUUCGGGGGGCCCCCAGGGGGCCCCCCGGGGGGCCCCCCGCGACAGCAGCUCUGAAGAGGAGAGGCCCCCAGGGGGGCCUCCGGGGCCUGGUGGAGCGGCUGUUUCCGAAUAUGAGUUUGUUGCUGUUGCAGCAGAAGCCACAUUAGAAGAAAGAGUUUUGCUGCUGCUGGGGGCCCUUGAGGGGCCCCUGAGGGGCCUCAAGACCCUGGUGUUCUGCAACACUGCAGCAACUGCCAAGCGCGUCGCGGAGCUGCUGCAGCAAAAGCUGCAGCAGCAGCAGCAGCAGCAGCAGCAGCAGCAGCAGCAGCGAGAAGUGCUUCUCUUCACCGCGCAGCUCGCUCCCCUCGCUCGCGCAAAAGUCCUCAAGAAGUUCUGCGACGCGUCGCCUUCAGCCUCGCCAGCAGCAGCAGCAGCACCAGCAGCAGCAGCAGCAGCGCCAGCAGCAGCAGCAGCAGCACCAGCAGCAGCAACAGCAGCAGCAUCAGCAGCAGCAUCCCCAGCAGCGGCAUCCCCAGCAGCAUCCCCAGCAGCAUCCCCAGCAGCACCGCCAGCAGCCCCAGCAGCAGCAGCCCCAGCAGCAGCAGCCCCAGCAGCAGCAGCAGCAGCAGCAGCAGCAGCAGCAGCAGCAGCAGUGCUGGUGAGCACUGACGCAGCAGCAAGGGGCCUGGACUUGUGGGGUUUGGGGGCGGUGGUGGAGUUCGACUUUGCGCUGUCUGCUGUCAGCCAUUUACACCGCGUGGGCCGCGUGGCCCGCGGGGGGGCCCCCGGGAGGGCCCUUUCAUACUUUGGGCCGCAGCAGCAGCAGCUGGUGGCUGCCAUUGGGGGCCCCCCUGCUGCUGCCAGCAGCAGCAGCAGCAGCAGCAGCAGCAGCAGCAGCAGCGGCGGCGGCGGCGGCGGCGGCGGGGAGCAGCAGCAGCAGCAGCCGCGCUCCGUCGCCGCCGCCUUCAGCCGGAAAAGGUCCUUCAGGAAGAAAAUCAAGAAACAGGCAGCAGCAGCAGCAGCUGCAGCAGCUGCUGCUGCUGCUGCUGCUGCUUCUGCGGAUACUGCUGCUGCUAGCUGA